UGUGUCAGUACGCGAAUACUGGCGCAAGCGCAGCGCACGCGUCCACCAACCGCGUGAAAACAUACAUACACACAGUGGCAAUUCAUAUUAAAUAGCGUGCAGUGGUUGUAGCGAGAUGCGAUCUGCACUGCUAUGCGUUUUAUUUGCGCUGGCUGUAGGAAAAGGAGGAAGGCAAGCCGGCGCCGCGAACGACUUCACGCCGCAGCCUAUUCCUUUGAACAAUUGGAAUGUUGAGUUCCGAGAGGGGAGAGUGGGCACCCUGCACGAGGCGGCCCACACAGCCGCCCCGCCCUCCGUCGCCGCCGUCCCCGCACACUACUGGGAAGACGCCCUCCGCCACAGCGUUUAUCUCACACUAGUCAGAGACAAAAUAGACCAACUCAUAUCGAAGGGAGCCGUCAUAUCCCCUGACAGCAAACCCGAUCAAUUCAACUCCAAAGAAGUAGAAGACUACGACCUUUGGGACAAAAUCAAAACAGCACCAUUCGACAGGUUGAGCGACAAGGAGCUUAACACUUUCGGAGACGUGACCGUAAUGGCGAAGGGACGUCUCUUAGAAGAAAACAGCGGCUUCCGAUUUACUGAAGACGAACGGACGAACGAGAAAUGCAACGAAGAAUCCUGUAUGAAAGGCGUUAGAGCAAUUUGGUCGGUGAAGCGCGUGAGGCAGAGAGAUGAAGAAGUCUCUCCAGGGAAGUACCACUACGAACUCACUUUCUCCGUGAUGUCACAGACGACGAAAAAGCAGAGGAAACCCUACGAGAAUUCCGUGAGAACGUUCACCGUUCGGGAAAACCCACAAGACGCGGGCAGACCAGUGGAAAAGCCCAAACCACACGGCUACGAGCCGGUGCGGUAUCAAAGAGCAAUCUGGUUUCACAAGAACCUAGUGCCUUCGGGCACCCAAUCACGACGAUACCAGGGCUUGGAUAGGAUAUUCAUGUCUUUAUUCUCCGAUGACGAGCCGAAACAGGAGCCUCCGAGAGCUAGGCCGCCCGCAUACACUCCAUAUCAACAACCACAAAAAUCCCAUUACGUCAGUUCUUCGACCGAGCAAUACCAGCAGAAGAAGCUGCUGGCAUUUCCAUACAAACCACCGUUAUACAAGUACGCCCGCUACCCCCUACCUCCGCCCGUCGUGGUGCCUCAACAACACUUCGUAGAUCCGUCAGAUAGCACAUUUGUAGUUUCCGCUCACAGGCACGUCGCGCCCAGCAACAUCUACAAGACCACAAGACCAGCUGUCCUCCCGACACCGCUUGUCGAUAUAGAAACUUCUACUAAAGACAUAAAUGACACAGAAACUUCUACGAGAGAGACAGAAGCUGAAACGACAGCGUACAAAAUGUAUAGUAAGCCUCAACCUUCCCCAACAAAAAUUAAUUAUUUGCCUGAUCACAUAAGACCUCCAGUGUACAACGCGCCGCCUGGAGUGUUCGUCACUAUGGACAAGAAACCAUUCAAACCUCUGCCACCGGUAAGGUUACAACCGUAUCCGGCUAAACACAAACUCAGGCCAGCAGAUUUCCGACCGAGUCCGCAACUACUGGAUAUGCAGUUUUCUGACCCAGAAUCCCAUUCUACGGUAGACACAGCUUUCAGGCCAAUAAUUCCAAACAAUAAUAAAACCUCUCCCUAUAACAGCGGCAGUAACAAGAAAUCACAGACAACUAAUAAACGACCACCGAAAAAGCAUGGAAAUAUCAAAGCGAAACCUGUCACUACAUCCGCUCCUGACAUAAUCACUGUUUACAAAGACGAUUCAUACGAUGAUACACCGGAAUGGUCUAGCAUUGUCAGUUCUUUCGCAGCUGUUACAGCACCAAUUAGGCCAUCCACUGUAACUAGUACGGAGGAUACCCAAGUAACGGAAGAAACAGAAACUGAUACUUUAGCCAGUGAAACUGAUGAAUAUGAAAUUGAUACGACAACUGCAACACCAAUAACCUAUAACCAUAAUAAGAAGAAGAGAGUAAUAACCACGUCCACCGCAGAGCCAUCGACGACAACUAGUCAAAGACCAAAUAGACGUACUCGACCGCCAAUUAGUUUCCCAAAACAAGAAAAAAUCAAAAAACAUAAACGCAUUACGACAACUACAAACAAGCCGGUAAAACAAAACAACAAAAUCAACCCAACUGCGGAUUUAACACCACAAGCAAGCUCUGCUGCCACAAAACCGACUAACAAAGUAUGGGAAUCUAAAAACAAAACAGUCUCUGUAACUGAAUCCAAUAAUAUAAUAACGACUGUGUCCAACACGACGCCAUCUACAACUACAGCAAGAGCGACUACCACCACUACAACUACCACAGCGAAGCCCAUCCCCACCACUACUCACUCAACACAUAAACCAACGCAGCCUAAAAGUAAGAAUCGUUUUAGACAAUCUACUCUCAUGCAGAAAGGUACAUCCGUUAACCACGAUAAAUGGAGUUCUAUAAACAUAGAGAAAGAGAAAAACAAAACUGUAGUCCCACCGUCAGGCUUUCCACCAAGGAGGAAAGCAUCUAAUUUCCAGGGACAUGUAACUUCUACUCACAGAAGUAUUGAUGUCGACCACAAAGAAGAAGAUCAUACAGAUAAGAAGAGCAGUGCUGAGUAUAUGAGUGCAGAAAAAUUUGAAAAUUCAUCCAAAGAGACACACGAAAAAGGAGACCAUCAAUACAAUGUUUCAAACAGAGAUGAAGAUAUUGGCGAAAGCAAAGGAAAUAUAAAAGAGAGUGAAGGAUAUGCCACUGAUGAAAAGGAGUUUAUAUUUGGACUAUCAACACAAACCCCAAAUGAAAGAACUAAUGAAAUAAAUGACGCCGAAGAUCCCAUAACAGAAGAAACAAUCAUCACUACCCAACAUUCAGUCCCAAAGAAUAAGACUAAAUGCAAAAAGAAAAAGAAGGCGGAAAAUUUGAUGUCGUCAGAUGAACAUGUAGCUGAAACUACUACCGCUAAAUAUGGACCCACAACUACAAUACCACCUACAACUACGACUGAUCUUUAUCACGAUUUGUUUGGAGAUAUUAAUUACGAUGGUACGAUAGAAAAAAAUAAAAAAGGUAAGGGCGAGUUAGACGAGGAAGGGAGUGAAAAACAUGAAAAGUACGCGCAGAUCGACGAUGACUUAUAUGAUUAUUUAGACGAACUGAAUAAUAACAAGCAUAAAGGGGAAGACGAGGACCAAUAUGAAGAAGAAGACGAAGGUGAAGCUCCAAUAGAUUUGUCGCCAUUUAACAGUGAAAAUGAAACCUCAGCUGCUAGAGAAGUGAGAAAGGCGGAGGAUGACGAGGAAGAAGCAUACGACGAUUACCAGGACAGGUCGCCAUCUUUCCUAGAACUAAUCGGCAUGGAAUAGACUGAAUUUUAUAAUUCUUACUUUCUCAAUAAUCAAUGCAGCUUUAAUUACUAACUUUGCUAAUGGAUCUCAAGUGUUAGCCGUUGUCAUAAUUCAUGGGAGAGAUUUUUUCCGGGCGAUUUUAUUCAGUUCAAUCUAUAUAGCGAAAGGGAGUGAAGGACGUUAUUAAAGAACAAUUUAGAAGGCAUUUAUUUUUUAAUUUAAAGGCAAAGCUAAACUUGUGUCGCACGUAAUCUGUACAUGCUAAGUUACGUUACCGAGAUGUAAAUAUUUCAACAUUCUAGAUAAGUUUAGAGUAAGAUGAAGUAAUGUAUUUUUAUACAACAAAUACAAAUACAGAGUUAGUGUGUUGUUUCA